UUCAGCAAAGAUAAAAAAGCACUGAAGUUCUUGAAGAGACGUAUUGGAUCACACAUUCGUGCCAAGAGAAAGCGUGAUGAGGUGCAAGCGAUACUGACAACUAUGCGUAAACAUCAUAAGUAA